AUGUCUGAAGGGGAAGCACCCGCAUCUACGAGCGGCGGAGGCGCUGGGGGCGGUGCAGCACUCGCAGCUGGAGACCCCAAUGGUGGUGGUGAGUCUCCUUACGGUGGCGUCGUUCCGGACAGCACCCAACCGGAUACUUCUCAAUCCGGUCCCUCUUCUGGUGACGCUGGAGCCAGUAACAACAGCAAUGACAACGGAUCGGCGGCAGUUGCGGCCGUGGCUGCAAACAACGAAAUCGGAGAAAUGGCCGCACCGUUGGGGGUCUCUGUAGGGAACCAUGGCCACGACCAAGGCCACGACCCAGCACUUGAUCGACCCCCCGAUCUGGCAUACAACCAGGGACGCUUUGGAGCGUCCUCACCAUUCCAACCGCGAACCCACGAAUACCGACCGACCGCCCAGCAGCGCACAAUUGAUCUAGACGAAUACUUUACUGGCCCACGGGAUAUUCAAAAACACUCGAAAUGGCCAAUGUUUCUUCAAAUGCACGGCAGCAUUCUACCAAAGAUGCUUCUGCCCAUUGUCGCUAUUGGCACUUGGGCGAUGUUUGUUACCUGUGUCUCAUACUUUACAAAAAAGAACCGUUCGUCUUUCUUCGCAUUGCCCGGCAUGGGCAUUAGCUCUAUCUUGCUGACGGUGACCGGCUUUGUCGUCGGCUUGGGCCUGAGCUUCCGAAGCUCGACGGCUUACGAGAGAUACGCCGAAGGUCGGCGGUACUGGGCGCAGCUGACGGUAGCGACACAAGCUCUCGGUCGUGUAUUCUGGGUCCAUGCCGUGGAACGAGAGGGUCAAAAAGAAAAGGAUAUGCUGACCAAACUUACGUCGUUGAAUCUUCUCGUGGCUUUCGCUGUUGCCCUGAAGCACAAACUAAGGCAUGAGCCAUACACGGGCUACGAGGACCUCGUGCAUCUCGUCGGCCACCUGGACACGUUUGCCUUCAAUGCCACGGCAAAAGAGCCGGAAAAGGUGCACGAGCCGAAGCCAAACAUUGUCAAACUCCUCGGCGGGUAUCUGGGCAUUUCUUUUGCUGCAAGCAAUCCACGCAAGACCAUUAAGCGCGCCAACUAUCCACUCGGAAACCUGCCCCUGGAGAUCUUGACCUACCUGGCAUGCAUCACGGAUGAGAUGAUCACCAAUACACAGUUGGUCAUCCCCAUGCAUCAGACCCUUGCGUACAACAACAUUGCCGUUCUCAACGAUGUCCUGAUGGGCACGGAGCGCGUGUUGACGACGCCGCUGCCGAUUGCCUACUCCAUUGCCAUCUCGCAAAUUACAUGGGUGUAUGUUUUCUUGCUGCCGUUCCAGUUGUACCCGACGCUGCAGUGGGUGACCAUCCCGGCGACCGUUGUGGCGUCGUAUAUUAUUUUGGGCAUUCUCUUUAUCGGCCGCGAGAUUGAAAACCCGUUCGGCCACGACGUCAACGACUUGCCGCUGGAGUCGUAUUGCGCCCAGAUCUCCAUGGACCUGGACAUUCUGGCCUCCAAAAAGAAGCACCACCACCGCGACUGGGUCGAAUCGCUCGACAACAAGGUGCUGUACCCGAUCAGCAUGAGCAGCUGGCAUGUGUGGAAAGCACGCGGCGAGCACAAGAUGCGGGAUGCACUGCGGGCACGGUCUGAGAUUGCGCUCGACACGCGCAAGGCCAUGAUGAGCCAGAAGAAGAACCGUAGCCCGGACGCCACGAAGAGCGACGACGACACCGAUCCGAAACACGAUCAACAUCCCAAUGACGGUGGGAUUGGGAGUGGCCCACUGGGCUUGGGGCUUGGUCGGCGCCACGGGCUUAGCCGCAAGAUGACGGCCACACACAGCGAGACCACAACGAGCGCAGCAGACGAGGAAGCCAAUAUCUGCUUUGGCUUCUUUGGCUUGGCCAGCUUUGGCAGCAGCGGCAGCAGCGGUAGCGACUUACCUGGCCGGAUGAACAGUAUCAGGACUUUCAACAAGGAAUAA